AUGGGGAGGAGCACACAGCACCUCAUCUUGCUCACCCUUGCCUGUGCAUUUUCCCCCUGUUUUGCUGAAGUGGCUCUGGAGGCUGAACUCUCUCCAGAAACCAUAUCCUUGCACCAUACUGCUACUUCUGCUCAGCCACUUUCCCUUUAUCAUUCUUCACCCCAUCAAGGCACCACAGUUCAUUUUAAUAGCACAGACUCACUUAAAACAGCACCUGUAAGGCCUAGAACAACUGCACAGACAACAGACCAGCAACAGGCAACAACAGCACCAAGUCAUCACACGACAGCCCAGGUUGGAGCAACCGCCACACAAGUCACCAGCCAGAAAUCUCCCAUGGUGGUAUCUACACAAUCAGCAGACAAUGCAACUGCAGCUGAUCAGGCUACAACCCAGGCAAUGGAAGUGGUUACACCUGCAGUGAAGAACACAACUGUACACCCUGUGUCCUCAACCAAGCAAUCUAGAACACACGUGAGCACAGAAAUGACAGGGGCAGCCACCAACACAACACCAAAUACACAAAUGACAGCUGCUGCCAGAACUACUGCAGCCAUCACCAUGCAAACUGUGAAGCCCACUGCAGGAAAUCAAACAGCAGUGCCCAGAAGUCCAACAGCCACAGCCAUGACCAGCAAGCCAGCAACCAUUCAUCCAGCCAUACAAACAACCACUGCAUCUACUCCCACGACAGUGAGACCCACCCUUGCACCACAGCCCUCUGCCAUCCCCACUGGCACGUACACCGUUUCCAAUGGGAACAGAACCUGCAUCAAAGCAGUCAUGGGAUUGCAGCUGAUGGCUCAGAAUGCAGAGAGGAAGCAGAUGGAGUACAUGGCUGUCAACCCCAACGCGACGGAGACAUCUGGCAGCUGUGGGAUGGUGCAGGCUGAGCUGAACUUAACUUUCAGUGGAGGGUUUAUAAACUUCACCUUUGUAAAGCAAGCUCCAAUGUACUAUGUCAGUAAAAUUGAGACCAGAUUGCAGGAAUCUUCUGAAGGCAUGCUUUACUAUGCAGCCAUACAGGAGAAGCUGUUUACAACAAAGCUGGGCAAUUCUUUUAAAUGUGCCAGCAAGCAAACCUUCGGCUUGGAGAAGAACUUCCAGCUGCUCCUUGUUAAUAUGCAGCUGCAGGCAUUUGAUAUUGUUGGUAACCAGUUUGGAAAAGAAGAAGAAUGUUUUCUUGAUAAAAACAGCAAAGCAGCUCCCAUUGCAGUGGGCCUGAGUAUCCUGGGAUUGUUUGUGAUUGGAUUUGCCACAUUCCUGAUUUCCAGAAGAAAGCCACAUAGAGGAUAUGAACGUAUCUGA